AUGAAGCUCUACCUCCCGCUGGCCGUCGUCGCGGCGGUCGCGGUCGCCCAAGACUUCGACGCGCAGGCCGAGGCCAUCGUCGCCAAGAUGACGCCGGCGCAGUGGAUCGGCCAAAUGGCCCAAGCCAACAUCGGCGUCAUUCUCGGCUCGGACGGCCAGCUCAGCGUGAACGCCGUCACGCAGUGUGCCAAGGCUGGCGUCGGCUCGUUCCUCAACGGUGCCAUGCCGGCGGCCAAGUGGCGUGCCAUGAUCACGCAGAUCCAGUCCAUUUAUAAGGCCAACAACGCGCCGCCCGCGCUCUACGGUCUCGACAGCGUCCACGGUGCCAACUACGUCAACGACGCCAUUUUGUCGCCGCAGCAGAUCAACAAGGGCGCGACGUUCAACGCCAAGAUCGUCCAAGACUCUGCGUUCGUCACGGCGCGCGACACGUCGGCGGGCGGCGUCAACUGGGUCUUUGCUCCGGGUCUCGACGUCACCAACCACAAACGCUGGUCGCGCGUCUACGAAACGUACGGCGAAGACCCGUACUUGGCGUCCGAGCUCGGUGUCGCGGCCGUCAACGGCAUCCAGUCCGUGCCGGGCGUGGCCGCCGCCGUCAAGCACUUUAUCGGAUACGGCGCCACGUCGACGGGCGACGACCGCGCACCGGCCUACUUGGACGACUACCAAGUGCUCAACUACCACGCGCCGCCCUUCAUUGCCGCGAUCCAGAACGCCAACGCGCUCUCGGUCAUGGCGAGCUACGUCUCGGUCAAUGGCGUGCCGAUGGUUGCCAACAGCCGCUUGACCAACGAUCUGCUUCGAAGCGACAUCGGCUUCAAGGGACUGCUGCUCACCGACUGGGAAGACAUUUACAACCUCAACUACGUCCACAAGCUCGUCACCAACAACCAAGACGCGGUCGCCAUGUCCAUGUCCAAGUCGUCCGUGGACAUGAGCAUGAUCCCGAACGACCUGAGCUUCAUCGGGCAUGCGCAAAACCUGCUCAACGCCGGCACGAUUGCGGCGUCGCGGUAUCGCGCGUCGGCCAAGCGCAUCAUCAAGAUGAAGCUCCAGCUCGGCUUGUUUGAGACGCCCGUGCCUGGCGCCAACAAUGUCAACCUUGUGGGUAGCAACGCGGACCGCCAAGCGUCGCUCGAACUCGCGCGUGAGUCGAUCGUAUUGCCGGUGCGGAGCAACCCGAACCUCUUUGUCACUGGCCCGGCCUACGACAACAUUGGCUACCUCUGCGGCGGCUGGACGUGGGAGUGGCAGGGCGUCUCGGGCAACGCCAAGUUCCCCGGCAGCCAAAGCGUACUCGCGGCGUUUCAGAGCCUCGUCGCAGACAAGGGCGGCAAGGUCACAUCGCUUCAGGGCGUCGACAUCAACGGCGGGACGACCGAUUCGCUGGCCGACGCCAAGGCCAAGGCCGCCGCCGCCGAGUACACGGUCAUCGUCGUCGGCGAGGCGCCGUACGCUGAGAUGGUCGGUAACAUUCCCGAUGCGGCACUGCCGGCUGGUCAGCUCCAGUAUAUUCGGGACAUUGCCUCGACCGGCACCAAGGUCAUUCUCGUCCUCGUCGAAGGGCGCCCGCGCCUCCUCAACGGCGUCGCCGACGUCGUCCACGCGGUCAUUGACGCGAUGCUGCCGUGCCACAUGGGCGGCCAGGCCAUUGCCGAGAUCAUCCUCGGCGUCACCAACCCGAGCGGCCGCCUCCCGCUCACGUACCCCAAGGACGCGACCAAGGACAACAUGGUGACGCCGUACUUCCACCGCAAGAACGGCGUGUGUGUGCUCACGGGCGCGGCGUGUCCGGCCGAGUGGGAGUUUGGCGCGGGCUUGAGCUACACGACGUUUGAGUACUCCAACUUUGCGCUCAGCGCCAACCAGCUCAACACGUCGUCCGAGUCGCUGACGGCGAGCGUCGUCGUGACCAACACGGGCGCGGUGGCCGGGAAGGAGGCGGUCUUGGUCUUUCUGAGCCAAGGCGCGCGUGCGUCCGGGACGCCCGAGACCAAGAUGCUCAAGAAGUUUACAAAAGUGUCCUUGGCGCCCGGGCAGUCGACCACGGUGACGUUUCCGAUUGGCUUCAACGACUUUGCGAUCUACAACGGCGGCAUUGGGUCGGGUCUCCUCAAGUCGGCCGAAGCCGGCGCGUACUACGUUGGCGUCAAGCCCGAGACGGUCUGCGACGCCAACACGAUCGGACCCCUCUGCAAGUCGUUCAAGUACGGUGCUGUCGCGGCCACGGUCCCUCUGUCGCUGUACGCCAAGACUACCGGCAAGAUCGUCGGCACGACGGACUGGGACACGUUCAUGUACUCCCCACCGACGGGUGCGACGCCGGCCAACCAGCAGCUCGAGUACCUGCCCGACACGCGCCAGCUCCGUGUGAAGAGCAACGGCAAGUGCCUCGACGUCUAUCCCAACAGCGCCGUGGCUGCCGGGUACACGUUGCAUCUCUGGACGUGCGAUGCGGCCAACGGCAACCAGCGCUGGCGCAUCAACGCCGCGGGCCACCAGAUUGCGCACGCCACGCACAACAACGUGUGUCUGGACGCAGACCCGACCGAUGGCCAGUCGCGACUUCAAGUCUGGAGCUGCGCGCCUGUGGGCACCAACCCCAACCAGUUUUUCGGUCUCACGAGCGUCACCGCCGAGCCCGCGACGCUCACGUCGCUCAGUGGGCUUCGCUUUGGCGCCAACGUGGGCAGCGGAAGCGUCGGCUUUGGAUCUGGUGCGAGCGUCUGGAGCUUCAACUUUAUGACGGGGCAGAUUGUGGCGCAAGGCUCUAACCAAUGCUUGGACGCGUACCAAGCGCAGAACGGCGGGGCGGUGCACCUCUGGACAUGCGACGCCAGUAACGGCAACCAGAAGUGGAUCUACGAGCCGACGACGGGCCAGCUGCGCCACGGGACGUUCAAGAGCUUCUGCCUCGACAUGCAGAGCGACGCGGGCGCGACGCCGUACGUCUGGACGUGCCACGACCCGAACAACUACUGGUUCAAGUUCCAGACCUUCAAGUACCAAAAUACCGCCGUGGCGCUGCCGUAG